GCAAGUUUAUAUAAUGUAAAUGACAGAUUUCAUGUUUGUAAAUCUUCAAAAGAGCAAAAUAAAUACAUUGGAUUAUUGUGUUGAAAUACUGAAUUUAUAUUAUAGGUUAAGAAACUGAAAGUAGAAUUUGGAGGGAAAGAGCAUUUGUACGUAUUUUCAAUGGUGUUCUUGAAUCAAAACAAACCGGCAGAUGUUUUACAUGAUAUCGUGGAGGGUGAUCGUGGGAUCAUAAUAUAAAAAAAUGUCAGGCCAUCCACCAUUCAAAUGUGGUGAUAAACCACACGGCAAGAAAGUACUUGCUUUGUGGAAACAAUGCACUCCACAGGAUAACACUCGUCCAAGUGUGAUGCCCUGUUUAUCGAAAAGGAGAUCAUUUCCAUCUAGAGCAAAUGAUAGUAGCAAUAAAGUUAUUAAGACAGUCAAAAUAGAUCAUUCGUCUACAGAAUCGACGAAUCUCUCGGAUCAAGACCAAGUGAACAAUGUAUUAACACUAAGGGAAGAAAUUCACGAAUGGAGGCGUCAGGAAGCAACGAGGAGCAACAUUAAUUACGUUGUAGGAAAAAAGAAAACCCAAACUGACGGUGCAAUUACCAAUGAAAUGAAUGUUCAUACUUAUCCAGAAACAUCUGUAAUAGAACUUAGUCAAGAAUGUAAAGAAAAUAUUUCGAAAAUGAGUGAAGAGAGCAGGAAUCUUGGCACUGCGAGACAACUGACAGCAAGCAAGCGAAAGCAAGAUAAGGCCACCAUGCCGGCGGUCACGUGGAUCGAUAUGCAACCGGAGUCAUCAUCGAGAACCAGCCUGAAAAGUUUCAGCGAUUAUCUGACUGAAACUGCCGAAGAUGCGCCGGUUUUCACUCCAUCCAACAGAUUACGCUUGAGUCCAGAAACACUGAAUGCCUUGGACAAUGCCGAGAAGCUCGUCGACGACGUUGAAAGACAACUGUCGCAAAUGCGCCUCGACGAUUCCCUUUCGGACGAUACCGAAGAGGACGGAUUCGGUGGCUUCCAGCUCAGCGACGAACGCCUGCGCGUAGAAAGCCUCGUGAAGACCGUUUUCCAAAAAGGUUACUACGAGCCAGCCCCGCGGACAGUUUUCAACAGGGAUCGCAUCGCCUGGAAAUGCACGAGGGACAGCUUGCCGCAGCGCGGAACCUCGAGAGUGUUACCGACGACGAUCGAUAGACGCGCGGCGCCGGUGCCGGCCGACAAAUGUCUACUGUGCAGAUUCAACAAAGCCGACGAGUCAGCGAACCAAGUUGGAUUCGACGGGCGCGAAGCCGCGCGAACGUCGGCAGGCCGCGCGGAAGGGCCGAAAAUCGCCGAGGACAGGCCGGAAAAGCUGAACGUGCAAGUGGGACCGGCCGUCAGCAUCAGAGGCACCCUGGCCGUCCAAACUGCCAGAAUCGUCGACAUCCAGCCGACUCAGCAGGCCGCCGCGCGGCGCCCGCCAAAUAUCGCCACUCACGAGUGCCGACAUCUCGGCGCGAGCGACGAGUUGCCGGCCGCAUCGAUUGCCGGCGCGCCACAAUUGGAGCGGGACAGGCUCGAAAUAUCAUCCGAUCGGCAGAAGUCCAGUAAUAAAUCAGCCUUCGAUUAUAGACGAAAGAGCGGCGACAGCGACGCAUCGAUCGCCGACGAGCCAAGUCGCUUCUGGUACGCUGGCGAAUACGAGCAACUGCAUCUCGAUGACUUGAGCUUGCCGGAGCCAACGAUCCUCGUGGAAGUUGACGCGGUUCUGCAGCAGCAGCGCAACGUUAUACGACAGGUGCACCAGGCUGCCGAACAAUUCGAUCGAUUUCUUGCCGAAAGAAUGACCGCUCAACGGUCCGAUGCGAGUUUGCAUGAGACUGACAGAUCUGCCGGUCGUCCCGUCCGUGAGACGUUGGCUAAAAUCGAGGAUCAACUCGAUAGAAAUAACAAAAUCAAUUCUUUCCACGAGAACCCAACGAUAAGUUUAUCGGUCGGCAAAAUCAUGAUCAACGAGAGCAAAGCUGCCGGAUCAAAGAAGCGAAACUCAUCGAGUGCAAUCGUGAGUGAGGCCUCGAAUGAAAUAUUUCAAGAUACCAGUCAAUCCGUACUACCUGUGACGACCAAGCCGUCUGUUGCCGAGUCAAAGGAUAAGUGUGAUUCUGAAAACUUUGAAGAUGACAGUCCUGACAGUAGGAGUGAGUCCGUUAAAUCUCGAUCUCUUGGUUCGGAGGCUGACGUGCACGUGAAGAAUACCGACAGAGAUACGUCAUCUAUCACCAGUGCAUUCGUUCAAUCAUCCGUUCACACUCGGACUAAAUCUAAUGCUGGUUUCAUCGAGGACCUUAACAGCUCGCCGUGCAUGAUGGAAAACAUUUUGGCAGUCAAUCGUGAUGACAACUCGCGUGUCAAUAGACAGCUUUCAGCGAAUGCCAGGCGAAUGGGCACCGAUCGAAGCAAUUUAUCCGACAACAAGCUAAAUCGAUUGCACGUUAGUGAGACCGAUGAUGAGCAAGAGCUGCAUAACUAUGAAUUCGACGCUGAUUUCCUUGAAGAACAGGCUAAAGCAACGAAUAAGAGCGUUGACGAACAAGUAGAUCAAUUGAAAAACGAUAAAAGGACAGAAAAAUUACUAGAUAAUUUUGACGAAAAUUCUCAAAAGACGUCUCAUCUAAUAGACAGCAUUUCGGGCAUCUCUUUUCAUGGAUCUAGCGAAUGUAUCAGCAAUUCUCAGGAGUCUAAAAAAAUGUCACUUGCAUCGAAUAUUACUAAAACCGAAUCGCCUAAAAUUGAGGAAAAUCCGGUAGAAGAAGCGUCCAGAGAAUUAUCUACAGAAUCUAAAAUUGAAAUUAAACUAUCACAAGCAAGGGAUAGUUUGAAGAUCUUGAUGAAAACCAUUAAUGUUUCUGUUAAUAAUCAAGCUGACGAUGAGCCAGAUAAGGUUAAUAUAGUUGAUCAAGAACUUUACGAAAUUAUAGGAACGGAACAGCAACCACCUGUAGACGAUCAUCUUCCUCAGACAAUGAAAUAUAUCACUGUGCGUUCGAACGACGCAAGAUCACUAAACAGCAAGCAGCUUAAUAUUACAAAUGUAAUCAAUCAAGAGCGUACUGACGGAGCUAACGACAGAUUGUUUAUGACAAUACUAGAGAAAAACAGGGACGUACUUCAGAAUUCAUUGGAACAGCAAAAAAUGCUUUUGCUGAAAAAUUUAGAAUCUUGUUCAAUUCAGAUGCCAAAGCGAGACAAACGACUGUUCACUUCUACGAUUGUCGGUGACACAUGUCCGCCAGUUAAUUUUACAAGAUCAAGAGAAUCUAGCACUAUUAGGCAAGAUUCGUUAUCAGAUUCAAAUUCUGAAGGAGAAAUACGCUUGAGCAGUGCAACUUCACAUUCGUUAGGUGAAAUUCGAAAAAGCGGUAUAGAGAAUAAAUCCAGUGGUAGCGUAAAAGGAUCGACAACUACUAGCAGUGCAAAUAUAGAUGAUAACUCUUCAUCACCUAGUGUCGGAGAAAUCAAUGAAUUAAACAAAAACUGAAUCAAGUCAGUACUCAAUUCUUUAUAUUAUUAGAAUUAAGGAAUUGCUUCAGAAAGAAGAGGUACAGAUUAGUUGCAGCUGUAUUAUUAUUAUUAUUAUUAUUAU